UCAAGUGCUAGCUGACCAAUAGCAUAAACCAGUUCCGCACGUUUGGUGAAGUCAGUUUGACAAUAUCUACCACCGGAGUGUGAAGUAAUAGAAUAGAUAUCAGUCUUGUCGCGAGCAUCGCUAUAAAAUAGCAGAGUGUCGAUAUCGCGGAAAUAUCUGGUUUAUUACAGCUGGUAGUGCGAGCGUCCCGACGGCCUGCGGAAUUGCGGACGUCGUGGAAAUUAUCAAUUUUCUCAACGCGCGGUGCUGAACGAAAAAACAAAAGGAACAAGGACAGGAGAAAGAAGGAUAAAAGACUUUAAUUUACUCUUUUACUCGGUGUGCAUGUUCCAGUGACGCAUCUCUACGUUAUAACAUCUCGCCAAAAGUUCAACCGGAUCUCAGAGAGUCGAUCGAUCAACUUUUCUUUUUCAUUUUUUGAUUCUCUCAUCCUCAACGUCACCUCUACGUAACUGAAGCUUCAUUUUCACCUAGGAUGACGCUGAGAAUGUGCCUAUUGGCAAUUUUUCUGACCGGUUUGGCCGGCCUCGGAGCCGGACGUCCAUCCGAUGAACCCGUGAAGGUACAGAUCCGUGAGGAUGACGACCUGGUCCCUGUUACGUUGGAAGACAUCUACUCGGGAUAUUACUCGGGAACAUCGUUCAACGGCAGUUGGAUUUCAGCAAACGAGAUUAUGUUCCGAGAGAGCGGCUCCCUCAACGUUCUCACGUACAACGUCGAGGAUUUUACAACGUCCACUUUUCUCAAUGCUACUGUACUGACUGAUUGGAACGCUACAACUUAUUCCUUGUCUGCCGACGGCGCCUACGUUCUUAUCGGUCACUCGGCCGUCUCGGGAUUCAGACAUUCGGUGUUUCGGAAAUACGUCGUUUACGAAAUUGCCACCGAAAAUUACGUCGAGGUAGCGGACGGGGAAACUCUACCCCUUGCCAAGUGGUCACCGGUUGGCAACUCACUGGCCUUUGUUCUGGAGAACAACGUUUACUACAGAGAAAUUUCUGACGGCAAUGUUACCGAGAGACAGCUCACGUUCAAUGGAAUUGAAGAUGUUAUUUACAACGGGGUUCCCGAUUGGGUUUACGAAGAGGAAGUACUAAGCGCCGGAAGUGCCCUCUGGUUUUCUCCGGAUGGUCAGCGGCUGGUGAUCGCAUCCUUCAACGACACGGAUGUCCUAGAAGCGGAGUACUUCUAUUACGGUGAACCUGGAGACCUCCAAUAUCAGUAUCCUGAGAAAGUCACGCUGAAGUAUCCAAAGGCUGGGACGACUAACCCUACAGUCACUUUGAAUCUGAUUGACUUGAGCAACAGUUCAGCAUCGUGGAUCGACUUAUCAGCGCCCGAAGAUGUUGUGGGAGAGGACCACAUCAUCUUCACAGUGGCUUGGCUAACGGAGGACUUGGUUGUCGGAACAUGGACAAACCGAGUCCAGAACGUGGCUCAGCUCGUUCUUUACAACGCCUCAACUGGCGAAGGAUCGAACCUACUCACAAUCGAGGAAUCCGAAGGUUGGGUCGAGGUCCCGACGCCGAUUUAUCACGAGGGUUCGGUACUCCUUCUGACGAACCAGGACUCGGGAACGUCUGCCGGGUCCUUCUCACAUCUGACCAGAUUUACUUUGAACAAUGGCGUUCUCUCGAACGAGACUGACCUCAGCCCCGGAAGCCAAGCCGUGACUUCUCUAAUCGGGGUCGACAGCCUGAAUGAGAGGGUCUAUUUUCUGGCAACUGGUGAUGGCGCCCCAAGCCAGAGGAACUUGUACGUCGUUCCUCUAGAUGGCUCAGAUUCACCAACCUGUAUUUCCUGCGCCAUAGAGACCCCGGAAGGUAAUAACUGUCUCUACGCUGCGGCCAGCUUUUCGAGCGAUUUCUCCCACUACGUCGUGACGUGCUCAGGUCCGGACCCAGUCACAGUCAGAGUAUACAACUCGAGUCAUGAGCAAGUGCUGUCCUGGCAAGAAAACGAGACUCUGAGGGCAAAGAUCAGCCUCGUUCUCAAACCGGUCAUCAAGGAUUUCUACGUCACCGUAAAUGGCUACAAUGCAAAGGUCAGGCUUCGACUUCCCCCCCAGCUCGAUGAAAGCGAUACUGAUACAAAGUAUCCGAUGCUUGUCUACACCUACGCAGGUCCCAACAGUGCGAGAAUAACGGAGUCCGGCUCUUACGGUUUUUGGAACUACAUGGCGACUAACCGGAGUGUGAUUCACGCUGAGAUCGAUGGUCGAGGAAGUGCCUACAAGGGUAGCAACAUGCUUUACGAGAUCUACAGGAAUCUUGGAACCGUCGAAAUUCAGGACCAGAUAGCCGUUACGAAAGCACUCCAGGAAACUUACGGAUGGAUUGACGCGGAUCGAACUGCAAUAUGGGGCUGGAGCUACGGCGGUUUCACUUCGACCAUGGCUCUCUCUACCGAUACUGACUCCGUCUUCAAAUGUGCCAUCGCCGUGGCGCCAGUGUCGUCAUGGAUCUAUUACGACUCGAUAUACACUGAGAGAUACAUGGGACUGCCAACGGAGGACGAUAAUCUUGCUGGUUACAACGCCAGCGACGCAACGAGACUGGUUGAAGGUAUUCGAGGAAAGAAGUACAUGCUGAUCCACGGGACGGCCGAUGAUAACGUCCACUAUCAGCAGGCUUUGGCUCUUUCCCAUGUUUUGGCGGCUGCAGAUAUUCAAUUUGAGCAAGUCUCCUACACCGACGAAGCUCACGGUUUAACCAGCGUUUAUCCUCAUCUUUAUCAUACCAUGGAUAAAUUUUGGGGAGAUUGUUUCGACCUCGAGGAUAUUUACUCAACGUGAUGUAUUGUAUGAAAAUAUAAGUUGAGGUGCACAGAAUGCGUCAUAUAUUGAUGUGUAAAAUAUCUUUUGUUAUUAUUUUUGCUGAAUACCUGAGAAUAAAUUGGUUUUACACCAUGCGAUAUACAUA